AAAACGGUAGCCGCUGUAAACCUUCCAUUCUCAUGUUACUACUACAAGUCUUAUUGCAAUGUGAGAGUGUACUCGACCCAUAACUACUACUACUACUACUCGAGGGAACAACAUCGCUAACCAUUCACCACAAUUCUCACAUCACCAACGACUAAAGUUACCUCUUGUCCUGAUGACAUUUCACUAAACGCUAUGGACCAAUUGCUCAUUGCCAAGCUUAGUGAAUAUUGUGACAGCCUUAUUGGUGAAAAAAGAGAUCCAGAACCUAAUAAGAUAAAGAAAACUAAGGGAAAGUCAGCGUGUAAAGAACUGGCUGAAUCAAGUACCACUGUUGAUGAACUGGCAAAUAGAAGUUGUGAAAAGAAAAGAAAUUUAAAUGAAACGUGUGAUUUUAAUGAACAUGAUAGUACUAGAAGUGAGCUGAAUGAGAAUCGUAGUUCAUUCCAAGAUAUCUCGGACAACAAAUCAUCUACCAAUGCACCUGAUAAAUUAUUGGACAAACUUCAUAAUCCUCCUCAGGUAACUAAAGAUGGUUUCAAAAUUGUUUCAUCGAUACCUGAAGAUGACUCAGAUGUGUCAGAUGCAUUUGAAUCUGAUCUUGAAGAAGAAGAGGAUAGCUCACCUUGGAAGAAUUUUUCAAAAAUUCCCCUUGGAGUUAGUGGAAAAGAGAAAACCACUGAAGAUGGUUUCAAGAUUGUAUCUGAUAUCCCUCCAGAUGAUAGUGAUGUUAGUGAUGCUUUCACUGAUGAUGGAGAUUGUGAUGAUAUGGGAGAGGACAUGAUACUGCGCAGAAAGGAACUGGGGGAAGCCAAGUCCCUUAACAAACAUAUGCUGGAAAUGAUUGAUGAAUUUGGUUUAGGUGAAAGCAUUCUGAAGAAGAAAGAGUCUGGGACUAAAGAAAAUAAAGAUGUCAAGAAAAUGGUGUCUAGCGUCAGAAAUUCCAGGAGGAGGAAGAAAAAGAAAAAGAAUAAUGGAUUUCACAAUAACAUUACCUUAGCAGCCAAAAGAGGACCUCCUGUAGAUGUUGCAGUUUAUGACUACUCAGAAAAACGAGGCUCCAAUAAUUCUGCUACUGGAGAUUGGUCAGCUUCAAAGGAUUUUUCUGUACCAAAUACAAAGGAGGAGCUUGAAAGGACAAUGAAAAAGAUGCGAUUUGAGGUUUUCAAACUUGGAAUGGGAGGUUUUGAUAAGGAAAAGAAGAAAGAAACCAGAGUUGCCUUGGCCAUCAAACUGGGUGCUAAACCACCUAAGAAACAGCAUGUAAGCUAUAAGGAUCUACUUGUUACAAAAAAGAGGGAAAAGUUUCAAGAGAAAGAGGAACGUGAAAUGGACAGAGAAAUGGGGAAACAGAACAAGAAGAAACCCAAGCCAAAUCCUAAAGAGAAGAAAAAGAAGCCAAGAGCUUACUCUUCUCAAGUUGGUCGUUUCAAAGAUGGAGUACUAUCUCUGUCUAAGAAGGAUCUGCAGAAAAUUAAAAAUUCUUAAUGAAA